AAUCGUGUCAGCGCCGAUGUUGAACUAAUGACUGGGAAACCGGCCCCAGUUUUCUUCCGAAUCACAUGGCGUUACAUCACACCCACUUUGCUUCUGACAAUAUUCAUUUUUACUCUGGCUCAGUACCAGCCUCCAACAUACGGCAGUUAUAUCUAUCCUGACUACGCUGCUUCCUUUGGUUGGUGUCUGGCAGUGAUUCCCUGCAUUCCAUUGGUUGUUGUGAUGUGUAUGGUCAUUUACAAAGAGGAGGGGACGAUGCUGCAGAGACUGAAGAAGACCAUGAGACCUGAUAGUUCUUGGGGGCCUGCAAUAUCGUCCUAUCGGGAACUUUAUUGUCAUACACACACAGCAAACUCUUAG